GUGCUUCUUCCCCAUCCAUCCUUCCUCUUUCUCAUACAUACUGUAUCAUCUUGUCACUCCGACAAGGCGAGAUAUCUCACUCUCCACUCACUCAUCUUCUUUCCAUACAUCUGUCAAAAACUGGCAGAUAUACUCUUGUUCCCACCCUUCAGCUUAACACCGCCACACGUGCAUCAUGUCCCCCGUAGCCAACGGUCACCCUCAACUUUCCCCACUUCCUCCUUCCACCUUGUCUGAUCAACUCAUAAAGCUCGCAUCAGCAUCUUCAAAUACAGAGGCCAAAUCUAUCGCCGACGCAAUAGCUCUUACACUCAAAAAAGCACCUCGUUCCCUUGACGCUAUCCAAGAUGCUCGAAUUAUUGACGUUGUGCAACUUUGGACAAAUUCUCCUUCUGGUCACGAACGAGAAUCUGCCCCAGUAUUGGUGGAAAGAAUAUGUCGUUCUCUCGGUACUGGAGUAGAAGGUGUUUUCCUUCCUCUCAUUCCUACUCUUUUGGCACUCUCAAUGGAUAAAGGUCAGCAAGUACGUUCAGCGGUGACCAGUGCGAUAAACGCUUUGCUAAAGAUUACCCCUUCUGAAGGAACACGUGUGGCAAUGGAAGUACUUUGUAAAACUUUAGACGACGCUAAAGGAUGGAGAAGUAAAGUAUCAGCACUCAAAGCUAUGGAAAGUCUCGUCAAGCCAGGUGCGGAAGAAUGGGUUGCUUUUGAAUUGGGACAUGUCAUCCCUUUUGUGGAACAUGCCAUGCAUGACACCAAACAAGAGGUAUCCGCCGCCGCUGUCAAAUGUGCCACGACAUUGUGUACCACCCUCCCAAAUCCUGACGUCCUCAAACAUGUCUCCGCCCUAGUAUCGGCCAUGGCCUCCCCUGCCGCUGUCCCGACCACCAUCAAGGGACUAUCAUCCACAACAUUUGUCGCAGAGGUCAACGCACCUACUCUGGCUGUCCUCGUUCCUCUUCUCAUUCGUGCGUUGAAAGAACGCUCCACCGAUACUCAACGAAUGACAUGUGUGGUCAUUGGUAAUCUCGUCAAGCUCGUGCGUGAUCCCACUGUGGCGGCAAGAUAUCUCUCUCCCCUCGUCAGAGGUGUAGAACAGAUUGCCAUUGGUGCCGCUUUCCCCGAAAUUCGUGCUUUUGCCCAAACCGCUCUUGAUAUCCUCACUCAAGCCGGCGCAUCGGCCACUGCCACCCCUUUGCCUCCCCGUGACAUUCCUCUCUCCGUCACCGAAGCCUUGACCGUGAUGGUCCCACACUUACACAUCUCCGAGCUCCCCUCGCAUCCUUCUAUCCCUCUCGCGGCGUCUUUGCCCAAUGCGCUACUCAUCGCUCAGGCCAUCGAGUAUCAGGCUAAUGUUGUCGCUGAUAUUGUCGACCUAAGAAGGUGGGACGAAAGUAUAUGGGAGAAGAAUGGAUUGGGAGGUUUCAUGAAGCUUCUUCUUGGUACGGAAGAAGGUUCCGUAGCUACCCAGGCGGUCAGAAAGGCGUUUAUGGACAUCGACAAACAGCGUUAUGCCCCAGAUGCGGUCGAUGAUGGUUCAGAAGGGGAAUUACUGUGUGACAUUCAGUUCUCUUUGGCUUACGGAGGGCUGUUAUUGCUCAAUCAUACAAGUUUGAAGCUUCGCAAAGGUCGAAGAUAUGGUAUCUGUGCUGCCAAUGGUGCGGGUAAGAGUACGCUUAUGAAGGCUAUCAGGGAUGGAAAAGUCGAGGGCUUCCCUCCGCAGGAUCAACUCCGUUGUGUCAUGGUUGAGCACGCUUUACAGGGCGAAGACACCUCAAUGACCAUCAUCGACUUCAUCGCCGCCGAUCCUAAAUUAUCUCAUAAAACCCAUUCAGAAAUAGCCGCCAUGCUGCUUUCCGUCGGGUUCUCCGAAGAGAAGCAAAACGACCCCGUCGCCUCUCUCUCAGGAGGUUGGAAGAUGAAGCUUGAACUGGCCCGUGCCAUGCUGAUCGGUGCCGACAUUCUUCUUCUCGACGAACCUACCAAUCACCUUGACGUUCAAACCGUCGCAUGGCUCGAAAAAUAUCUCACAUCAAUGGAUAUUACCAAUCUCAUCGUAUCCCAUGACUCUGGAUUUCUCGACAAUGUUUGUACCGAUAUCAUUCAUUACGAAGACAAGAAGUUGGCUUACUACCCUGGUAAUUUAUCAAAGUUCGUCGAGAAAGUACCCGCUGCUAAAUCGUACUACACCCUUGCGGCCACCAGCAUCAAGUUCUCUUUCCCUCCCCCCGGUAAUCUCGUAGGAGUCAGAAGCAACACUCGUGCUAUCAUGAAAAUUUCCAAUUGUACAUUCACAUAUCCAGGAGCAAGUAAGCCCAGUUUGAAAAAUGUCAGUUGUAGCUUGAGCUUGUCUAGUCGUGUAGGAAUAUUAGGACCAAACGGAGCGGGAAAAAGUACGUUGAUCAAAGUGAUGUUGGGUGAGGUGGUCCCUCAAGAAGGAGCCGUGAGCAAGCAUCCAGCAUUGAGGGUUGGAUAUGUGGCUCAACAUGCUUUUCAUCAUAUCAAUCAACAUCUGACCAAAACGGCGGUUCAAUAUAUUCAAUGGAGAUACCAGGAUGGUCACGAUCGCGAGAUGAUGGAAAAGGCCACUCGGGUGCUCACGGAUGAAGAUAUCGCUAUGAUGGACAAACCUAUCGAGGGCAAGAAUGGUGAAUUGAGGAAGAUUGAAUUUAUCUUGGGUAGACAAAAGUUGAAGAAGAGUUUCCAGUAUGAAGUGAAGUUUAAGGGAUUGGAUCAUCGUCACAACGCAUGGUUACCCCGUGAAUUACUCCUCGAAAAAGGUUUCGGCAAGCUCGUCGGUCGAUUUGACGAUAUGGAAUCUUCUCGUGAAGGUGCCGGGAUGCGUGAUACCUCUGCCAUUGCCGUCCGAGAAAUCUUAGAAGCUGUCGGGUUGGAUGGGGAUAUCGCACAGUACAACGAGAUACAGGGUUUGAGCGGUGGACAAAAGGUCAAAGUGGUCAUUGCUGCCGCUAUGUUCAAUCGACCUCAAUGUCUGUUUUUGGACGAACCUACUAAUUUCUUGGAUCGAGAAGCACUUGGAGGUCUCGCAGUAGCCAUCAAAGAAUGGGCAGGAGCAGUUUGCAUCAUCUCUCAUUCUACAGAAUUCGUCUCCGCCCUCUGUCCCGAAAUCUGGAAUGUCGACGGUGGUGAACUUACCGCCAAAGGUAAAGUAUCUUUGGUGGAGGAUGCCUUUGACGAUCCUUCUCGUCCUGGAUCUAGGACCGUGUCAAAAGCCGGGACACCUAGAGCGGGAACACCUUUGUUGGUCAGUGCUACACCUAGUAAUGAGGCCAGCGCGGCGAACUCUGGGGUGGAUGAAGUUACGGAUGGUGUUGCCAAAUUGGGAAAGAAGAAGAAGAUGACGAGGAAUCAAUUGAAAGCUCAGGAGGAUAGACGUAAAGCGAGGAAACUCAAAUGGCUCUCUUAUGGAGUAGGCGAAAGGGAACCCGACACUGACAGCGACUGA